GCCGUGAAGGGGUUUAGUUGUGGCCGUGAUGUUGCCACCGUCUUGCCAUCACCUAAUGGGUUGCUGUGUUUUGCCAGACACACGGUGAGCAGUAGAGUGAAAUCGUUUGAUGCUCCAAUUAGCCCUUAUUGACUGUGUGUGCAACUGCCCGUUAACCAGGUACAGCACGUGAAUGUGCGUCCCCCGGAAAUGCCAUAUCCUCUUCCGUGCGUAUGGGCGUGUCGGCACUGAGGAGCGAAGCGGGAGCUUUAGAGGAGACGUUGGCUAAUAAGGAGCUGUACGUCGAACUCGGCGUCGCAGAGCGCCUCGCACAGAGCCCCAGUCUGAAUCCACCUGAUUCCCAUCUACUGCAGUGGCGGGACCAAGCAAUAAGAUCCUAUUCUAGACAUGAGAGCAGCCGGAGAGAGCGAGCAGCGACUCUCCGGGCCCAGGCAGAUAUAUGGGAGAGGCGCCUGGCCUCAGGUGACUUGCUGCAGGAGGAUCCCGAUGGGGGCUCCUCCUCCAGGGAAACAGCGCCCCAACCAGCAUCGAAAUCGGACACUACACAAGGCCGACGAGGUGCGUUUCCUGCGGCUCUCAAUCGGCAAGACGGCAACCUGACAAACAGUACCAAUGCACACUAAUUCCAGUAUUUGUCAGCUAACAACGUUUCACAGCACCGCAGCUCGAACAUCCACUACACGCGAGCAUCCGGCGACGUCCAGAUGUCGGCCGCCCGCUCCGACGCGUAUGUCGGCCAGCCGCCGCCGUGGACGUCAACAGGGGCAAGACGCAGGCGAGGGCACCGCAGCUACUGGCCCGAGUGCCCCGUCUGUGAGCAGCGCGUCGCCCAUGUCCCGCCUGGAGGGCUCACUAAGGGGUACACUGCUUGGGAGCAGCGUCGCGCUUCCAGAUAUGGGUAGGGUACCCUAUAUCAAACUUGCGAUUGAGAAACUGCGACUCGACGCAAGGCGGAUUGACGGCAGAUGGGCAUCCAGGGAUGUAUACGUGAGGAGUAGGAUUGCCGAAUAUAUGCUCGAAGAGCACAAUCCGAAUCCGAGUUCAUCGGAAAUCCGGCAGCUGAUACACACGGCGCAACGGCAGUACAUGCGCAGAGCAAGAGCACGACUUGAGGAAGCUGCUCAGUUGCAGAACCUUGCCAACGAUCUAGAACGGAAGGCGGCGGCAGAGGGUCUCCUGGUACGAAGCCCCCAGGAGACACCCCCUCAUCGACCUCCUUCCUCUACUGAUCUGCCAGGUGCUGAAUCGGAAGGAGUCUCAAGCGGAUUUCCACCCAGGCCGGCACCACGGGCGCCUGACCUUACGUUUGCGGACCUUGCCAUUUCGAACUUAAGGAGAGAUGCCGAGGCCAUCGAAGGCACGUGGAGUCACGGACUAGAGUACUACGUUGCCCAGCGCGCUGCCGUUCGCAUGGUGCGAGGUAACGAUCCCUCGCCUACACCCGCCACACAGCGUGAGUGGGCGUAUAAUGAUAAGAAGGGCUUCCGUGCCGAUGUUAUGGGGCAUCAGCAAAGGGCACGAGAUCUGAAGGAUAAGGCGAACGCCCUGGAACAGGAGCUUCGCGCCCUGCUCUCGUCGGCAUCGGGGCAAGUCCCAGAACCGCUGCGCGAAUCCGGAUCGACUGUAGAUCCAUCAGCGGAGCAGUCCAUCGAGCGUCCGUCAGGAAAAAGGAAACAGAAACGGAAACACCUGUAUCAUAGCAGUGCCGAGAGCGCCGGCGAAGGCCCAUCCAGAGGCGGUGCUAUGCUUCCGGCGCUGCCCCUUUGGUUGACCCCAGUCUCGGCGGUGCGCCUUUGGACUCGUCAAAGGGACCCCAGCAAGCCGCCUGUCGCCGCCGGGUCUUCUCCUGGAUCGUCGUCACCUGAGCAGCACUUGCCGGCUGCAAGACGCUCCCAAAGAGGAUCUGGUCCAUCGUCAUCAACACGCGAACAUCCACCACCGGCAACUGGCGGUCCGCUGCCGCAACGAUCUACGCCAGUACCCACCACAACACCUCCGUACCCCGCCGACGUCGAGCGUGGCCUUGGUGACCCCACACCGCCCCACCCCAAAAAGCGACGGCUCCUUGAAUUUCUGUCUGAUACAGCCAGACUCGAAAAAACUCCACCGGGACACCGCCAGCCGCUUGGGCGUCUCGCGCUGACGUCAACAGAGAGCCACAUGACGUCAAGCUCCCAAAUGGCCUCAGGCCCACCGCAAGUGCCUAGUCCAGCAGAGACACAUGGUAGACCGUCUGGGAGCGGCGGCGACAUCAUUCCGUCUUUGUCUCUGCCGCUCAAGAAGCGCCCACUGCGGGGACCUGCAGUUCCCCGCCACGCAGCGGCCGCCGCUGCCACGCCUCUUGUCCGGCAGCCCCCUUUCCGCUCGGGAUCGCUCGCGAGUGCGGGCACUACAUCUGGAACGCCAUCCCAGCCACCAUCUUCCAUGGAGCCGUCAGCACCUGUGUCGGCGCCUGCAGGUGACCCAGGUGUAGAACCGCGUGGACAGCUUCGCCCUCCAGAUCCCCACUGAUGCCUUGUCUCAUGCACUGCAAUCAGAGCAUCAGUGAUGAGCCGGGUACAAGGAUGUGAGCAGGCGGUUGGCAUGCGACAUACCUGCGUCGACCCGAAAUCCUGAUAUGCAUAUCAUGCGGGAUCCUCGCCUCGAUUUCGGACUACAUAGAAGAUGGUGACCGAGGCUGCCUGGAAAGACAGACCGUUCGGUUGCCGGCGUUGGACACGAGACGAUGUAACGUCGCCAGUGUUUUCCCGCCCGCUCCACGUAACAGCAUCGCCACAUUAGUCACUAGUCCUCUCAUCCCCAUGACGUACAUGCGUGCGCCGAACACGCGUGUCUUCUUCAUCUAAUGCUUUGCAGAAACACGUCUAUCGAUUUCUCUACAUUGGCUUGCGGAUGGGUAGAAGGGCGAGUAUACGCCAGACUGACGCCGGUCUGUUGUUCCCGUUCGUGAUGAGCCAUUUGUCGCGGUGGUCCGUGACUAUUCGCCUUGCGCCUCACGCUGGGUUAACCAGCUUUAUCGCGUGUGCCACAGACAUCGAGUCGGGGAGAUGCACUGUUCCAUUCGGUCUUGGUGCCCGCGCCUGUCGUAUGUGGUGCGAUGGAUUAAAAAGUCCAAUGACUCUAGGAAAGGGAAUACGCUUGUUUGCUCUCGAGUGGGGCUGGGCCAGUUGGCAGGGCAACACGUUCUACCAGUGUCGUUCCACAGUCUCGUCCAGGAUCCGUAUUCACGCCAACACAAUAAUCUGCGCGCAUGCCGCAGAUAUCCAUAAAGCCGAAAUAGAUGUUAUCGAACAUGCGUAUUUGCGCAUGCCGACUACACCGACACCUAGACCUACCGCACCCUGCGACACAGCCGACCUGCAGCAGCGCAGGAGUACUCGUGUCGCCCUCCAGCCGAACUACCAUUCCUGAAUGCUCGUCCAAGUGGCUACAUCACUCGAGCGAACACUUCGCAAUUUGAGGACAGGAGUGUCUGUGACGUUCGACAAUGGUGACGGCGGCAGUGUUCCGCCAAAUGUUCAUCGCGCUCCCUGGUGCGCGGGUGAACGGAGACCUGCCUGUCACUCAGUUGUGCGGUGAUGCACUGGAGCGCCGAAAUGCAUAUGGUGAUCUCAAGGCAGGCUUCGAGACCUCCGCACGAAAAACGAAUGUCGCCUCCUUCCCUGUGCGCGGUUGGCGCUGUGUGUGUGCCACGCUAGUCGCACCCCGCUGGCGCUGACUGGUAUGCAACACAAGACGCGUCAGCGUCAUGUCGUCGCUCAUGCCAGUCACCAAUGGACGGCGAGGAAUUUGACGCGUCGCACAGCCCUCUCGCGCUGUGUAUCAGCCCCGGAUCUAAGGCACCUGCGGGAGUGUGUGUCAACAGGAACUGUGACGUGCGCUGCGGAGAUGUGCAAACCUAACUCAAUACUCGGAGUGGCCGGGAGCAGCCGGAGUAAGCAGAUCGACAGACUGUUCCGCUAUGUUCAACUUGCACUAUUUGUGCUGCACCCACAGACACCUUCGGCACAAGGCAACAGACGAGGCUGAUCACGGUGACGAUAAGAUCUGUGCGGUCCUAAAACGUAGAGCUCUGGAGCCACACGCUGCACCGCGUUGCUCCAGCGUUGGCUGUACAAUUUGCAUCGUCACGAACAUAUGGUGAAGGUCUCACACUGUGGACCAAACAACGAGGCAGACCGGGACAUUCUGUAUGCAGCAUCGCUGCUCGGACACGUGGAAUUGCAACAUUCGUCAUUUUGCGGCCUACACCACAGUUAGCUGCCACGUGACUGACGUCACUUCGCAUUGGGGUUUGAGGCAACAGGAGAGAACUAGCCGUGUGCGGUAUCGUUCCGUAAGGCGGCUGCUAUUCAAGUUCGCCAGCGCCUGGCUGAUACAACGGUGCGUCGCAUGAAGGUGUCCCCGAUGGAUGACACGUGGCACUGGGUUAGAAAUUGUAGCUUAUAGGGGCAGAAUCACUGAGGUAACAUUUAAUAGGUGCUUCGUGGCGGCAGAGCUCAGAAACGGAGAUGUGAAUUUCCGCCCUUGUGCACCAUCUUCGUACCACCAUCGCCUUCUAACAAGGAUCCCUUACUGGUCUCCAGUCGGACAUAGCAGUACGUCCCUUUCAUGCUCAUUUGAUGUCGCAUGACGGUCAACCGCGCCCACUCCACACAGAAACAGCGGGAGUUCCCGCCCCUCAACGGAUAGUCGCGCAGCAGGGUUAUCCCGCUACGGGAUGCGUCACCAACAGCCGCAUGUUGCUUCCCUCCAUGCCGUGACCGCCAUUAACAUUACUAGCGAGUGACACUGUCCAGACGAGACGGUCUUCGUAUGCCCAUAUCACCAUUAGUAGAAGCGUUGUGCGCUCAGUUUGCAACCGAUGGCGACCACCUUACGCUCCUUGCCCCCCGUGGGAGCUCCGUGGUCCUGCUCGCAAGUACGAUGGGCGUGUGUGUCCAUACGAUGUUCAAUACAGUAUUAUAUGCCACCAUCGCCGGCUUCCCGAUAUUUUCUGUCAUAUUUUCUGCAUUCUCAAAAGCACAUUUGAUACGGGCAAAUGGGAGCUCGGCGUGGUGUUGUGGAAAUAGCCGUCGCAGACUUCCCUUGCUUCUUGGAGCAUGUCUGUCACGGUCCGACAUGUCCGAGGUGGAUUCCUGCCGCCUGUAAUCUCUCCCAGAGCCUGCGCACAGGACCCCUCAUCUGUCACGGGAUCACGGGUUUGUUUCUCGAUGCUCGUUGUGCCAGUGUUUCCGGCGGUGACGAAAAAAAUGGGAAUAUACCUGACUCGUCAAAUGCCGACGUCACGCCGGAUAUCAUUGUGCAGCGCAUAAGUCUCGUUAAAAAGGUCUCUUAUGUGGUCUUUGUAGCCAGUUUUUAGGUUGCCCAAGAUUCAGGCAAUUUGGAACCCAGCGUGCCUUUGCGAAUCCAGAAGAUCUGCCAAUGGAUGAGUACCGAAACAGAGCUGGACAACGACAACGGAUACGCGUGCCUCUGCACCUGCUUCGGCGCUCAGUAAACUGGCGGUAAGAUGCCCCUCCCUCUUGUCCAUUCUGUACGAAUCCUGUGUCAUGAUGCAGCGAUUGCUGCAGAAGCUAGCUUAUUGUCUGUAUAAGUAAAGUGCUAGAAAUAGGGUGGAGAAAGCGGCAGUACCGUGAUGUGGGAACGCGGGAAUUGAGUGGACAGAGGUCCGCGUGCCUUGUGCUUCCAUUCUCACAAGUGAGACGUUUCGUUCAUCUUCUGUUCAUAAGCGAAACCGUGUUUGCCUGUCUCAAUGGCGAUGAACCCCCUGUGUCUGUCUUUGGAUGCGUCCUUUUUUCAACGGGACUGCAGUGCUGACAAACGUUUCCUGUGUGCGUUGUAUCUUGUGGAACACUCAUUUUGCAUCUCUUUUCUGUGUAGUUUGCAGCUAAACGCGACGUAAUAUACUGUGUUCAGGCGGUUAGUAUUUACCGCCUUGCUGUUACGAUGCAGCACCCAGUACCAGUAUCGACGGAUAUGGCAGCAGUCAGAGCAAAGCAAAGCCGGGGACCCCCAUCACGGUGCUGAAGUUCUAUCGUUGACGCGCAUCUGAGUAUAAUCAAACAGUAUGCAUCCUGCACUUCUCUUCUGUUCAAAUGCGCCGCAGUAGGAUAGCCAGUUAAAACAAUGGGAAAAUAAAUAUCACUCCUGUUGAUCGAGGAACAAUCAAAGAAGCUGAGGGGUUCCCCGGUUAUCAGUUUUACCCGGUUACGUCUGCACCAUCUGCCAGCUUCAAACGCUAUUGCUGUGGCUUGCAGGAGAUACGCACACGUCUAUGUACAGUUUAUAUGUGUAUCUUGAAACAAUGUAUUCUAUCCCCGUACUGGACAGAACCGAUUUUUGAGGAAAUUCUCCACCAUCAACUCUCUUUCGCCGUCAACACCUUGCGCAUUGACCUCACAGUCGCGAACACACUCUUAUCUAGAAACAGAACAUUUUCACCUAGUAGACCGUACGCAUUUAAAACACAGAUUCCCACUCCAGAAUGAGUUUCUCUUCGAAACAUCUUUGGCUUAGUCCACCAGGCGAGGACGCAUGUACAGUUGUUUCAUUCUCGAUCCUGUUGGCUGGGGAGAAGAACGAAG